CUGUUACUCUGUGUCCCCUGGAAAUUCUCCGGCGCCACCGAGGCCACGGCACGACCGUCGACCUCAAUUUUCAAGGUACUUUCUUUAUCGAAUCAGAUCUAAAUAUCUCUACUCGGAUCCAUAAAUUUCUACUGUCUUUCUUUAUUAUCUCCAACCAAUUGGAAAAUUAGAAGCAUGAAUAACUUCCAAUUCGAUUUCGGGAUGGGAUCGAGCCGACCCAAAUCCCUUAACGAUCAGAAGAAUCAGACUACAUCUUCGUUUUCUACUUAUUCAUCAUCGACUGCACAACCCAAGCCUUCUUGGCAACCCAACAAGCCUACGUGGACCCACGAACCAACUCCGGCGCAGACGAAUCGUUCUGGGUUAACUGGGCCUUCUUCCAUGGUGGGUGAUAUCUUUGGUAAGAGUUGGAACUCUGGAGGUGGGGGUGGGUCUACCGUUGGGAUUGCUAACAAAGACCCGAACUUGUUUGGGGAUUUAGUUGGUUCUGCUAUGGGGCAGGGUAAAGGUAGUAUGAAGAGUAAUGUUCCUUUGAAAAAUGCAACUCCCAAAACGGAUUCAUCAAGUAAGAGCCCGUAUUCAAUGGGUAAUUUAGCUGAUUCAUUGCCAAAAACUACUGAUCCGUUGAAAACUGGUGGAAGUUGGGGGUAUUCUGGUGGAUCCAAUAGUGUUGGUAGUAAUGUUAGUGUCAAUGUCAAUGUUAGUAGUGCUAAGAGUUCGAAUCUUGGGGGUCCUUCCAUGAAGAGUAUGGCUGGAGGUGGGAUUGGAAGUGGGAUUAAUUCAAGUAAGGAUCCAUUUGGUUCAUUGGUUGAUUUUUCAUCAAAGCAGUCCUCCUCGGGUCUUAACUCAGGGAACAAAGGUAAUAAAGUUGCUGCUGAUUCAUUUGGGAAUUUCCAGAGUGCUUCAAAACCAAGCACAACCACAUUUCAAUCCAGUGGUUUUAGUUCGAACGGUAAUGAUUUUCUGGGAUCAAACACAAGUUCUGAUUUCAAUAUGGGUGACUUUGGGAUGCCAACUAAGAAUGUUGGAUCCCAUAAUCAGACAUCUAUCAAUAGCUCGGGUGGUGAUCCUCUUGACAUGUUCUUUUCAUCAUCCUCAGCAUCAGCUGGAGGUGCCACACCAGCAUCUGGUGGGGGUGGAGGGCAGCAGUUUUCUGGAGUUGAUGAUUGGGGAUUGGAACCUGAUUUUGGAGGAGCAGGAGGAAUUGAUGAAGGUGGUUCAACAACCGACCUUGAAGGGCUUCCUCCUCCCCCAGCUGGUGUCUCUGCUUCUGCUGCAAAAAGCAAGGGUAUUGAUAACCAAAAGCAAGGCCAAUAUGCAGAUGCCAUUAAGUGGCUCUCGUGGGCUGUGAUUCUUCUUGAGAAGACAGGUGAUAAGGCUGGAACCAUGGAAGUUUUGUCUUGCAGGGCUUCUUGUUAUAAGGAGGUUGGAGAGUAUAAGAAGGCUGUGGCUGACUGUUCAAAGGUCCUAGAACAUGAUGAUGCAAAUGUGUCUGUCCUUGUACAGCGAGCACUCUUAUAUGAAAGCAUGGAAAAGUAUAAACUUGGUGCGGAAGACCUGAGAUCUGUCCUCAAGAUUGACCCUGGUAACAGGAUAGCAAGAACUACCAUUCACCGCUUGAAUAAAAUGGCAGACUAGAAGGUUCUGAGAUUUUUUUUUCUCAUUUUCAUUAGCUUCUCAUUUAAAUUAAUACCUUUUCCCCUUUUACUAUCAAGAGAAUAUGGGGAAUAUUAACUCUCUGAUCAAAUAUAGGGUUUUUCAUUGAUAUGUGGCAUAGCAUUGCAAAGGGUUUUUCAUGUAUGAUGUGUUAAAUGUUACUUCUCUUGAUUGUAACCUGAUAUGAUUCUUGUUCGAUACUUUGAAAUGUUUUGGUGUUUCUGCGAUCCAAUUUCAGUUUGUAUGGUUCCCCUGAUGUGUUUCCUGAGCAGUAAUUUGUGGUUG